AUGGACCUCAUUGAGAAGCUUCCGCCUUCCGCUGGUUUCACUGACAUCCUAGUCAUCGUCGAUAGGCUCACGAAGCAAGCCGUGUUCGUGCCGACACAUUCCGACCUCACAGCCGUCAAGUUGGCCGAGUUGUUCAUCCUCAAUGUAUUCUCCAAGCAUGGUGUCCCCUCUCACGUCACUUCCGAUCGCGGUUCUGAAUUUGUCUCGCACUUCUUCCGAGGCCUGGGUAAGGCUCUCGACAUAGAACUGCAUUUCACUUCUGGCUACCAUCCGGAAGGUGACGGCCAGACGGAACGCACCAACCAAACCUUGGAACAGUACCUUCGAACCUACUGCAACUACCAACAAGACAAUUGGGUCACUCUCCUUCCGCUUGCCGAAUUCACCUACAACAACACUCCACACGAUGCCACUGGCGUAUCGCCCUUCUUCGCCAACAAGGGUUAUCAUCCGAACUUAGCCAUGCAUCCGGAACGCAACAUUGCCUCUAGCCGUGCUCGAGAGUUCGCUGUUGACCUAGGAGAACUCCACGAGUUCCUUAAGGAAAACAUUCGCGAGUCUCAAAAGCGCUACCAAAAGGCAGCCGACAACCGACGUCUUCCGGCUCCGAACUUCAAGGUCGGCGAUCAAGUUUUUGUCAAAGCUCAAUUCUUCUGA